ACCAUGUAAGGAGAGGCAGCUGCUGGGGGCGUCCCCAGGAUCUAAAGAUAGCGGCCCCUGCCUCGGAUUCCAAACGCCUCGGGGCAGCGGGAGCCGCCAUGGCACGGUUCAUCUUCACCGCACACCCCAGUCUCGUCACUCCCCUUCCACCCCCUUCUGUCUUAUUUAGCUCCGCUUUGACCGUGCUGUAGCAUAAAACGUCCCUGUAUUUUCCCCAACCUUUCCCAAAUGCCCUCAAUCUUCCCUCUCGCACUCCUAUGAAGCCCCACCCCAACUCCUCUUCAGACAGCAUGCUCGGACCCUGUGGUACGACAGGCCCAAGUAUGUGUUCAUGGAGUUUUGUGUUGAGGACAGCACCGAUGUCCACGUGCUUAUCGAAGACCACCGCAUUGUGUUCAGCUGCAAGAAUGCCGAUGGAGUGGAGUUUUAUAAUGAGAUUGAGUUCUAUGCCAAGGUGAACUGCAAGGACUCGCAGGAUAAGCGCUCUGGCCGCUCCAUUACUUGCUUUGUGAGGAAAUGGAAGGAGAAGGUGGCCUGGCCCCGACUCACUAAGGAGGAUAUCAAGCCAGUGUGGUUGUCUGUGGAUUUUGAUAACUGGAGAGACUGGGAAGGGGAUGAAGAAGUGGAGCUGGCUCAGGUGGACCAUUACGCAGAGCUUUUGGAGAAGGUCAGCACCAAGAGACCUCCCCCUGCAAUGGACGACCUGGAUGAUGAUUCUGACAGUGCGGACGCAACAAGCACUUGACUAUGGCUGCUGCGUCAGAUGACAGGAUAGGAGAGGAGUAGACAGGUGGGGCUUCUGACUUCCUACCAACUGGCUGUAGUCUUUGUGUCUGGGCCACUCAUCAGGGCUUUCUGGAGUAUUUGAGCCUCUGUGUGUGUGUAUGUAUAAGAGCGAAAGCCAUAGAAUAGCAUAUAGAUUAUAAUAAAUCUGUAGGAACUGU